AUGCUCAUCACGCUGUGCUACCUGUACCUGUGGGCGCGCUGGGGGCGCCGGCCGGCCGCAGUGGUGCUGUCCACGGUGCGGCGGCUGCGCGCCUCGCGCUGCUCCUUCACCUUCUGCCGCGCGGCCGCGCAGCCCGGGGGCGCGCGCGUGUGCUUGAGCCGCGGCGGCCGCGUCUUCUGCGUCGGCGAGAGCCAGUCUGUUGACGACUUGAACAAAUGGGCCCUGUUUCUCGUGUCUCCCUUCAUACUUGACGCAGAACAUAUAGCAUUUGUGACAGAGAGCAUUUGGGCACAAGGCACCAGUUUCCAGGAACCACCGUCUUCAGAAACCGUUGUGAGAUGGUCAGACUGCUGUUCACCGUUAGCCUGCCGCCCUGGGGACCCCUACCAGUUAAUUGCUGAAGCAAGCGUGGUCAACUUCAGCAAGCUCGGGGCGGCCUUCAUGGAGGACAGGCUCCAGAUGGAUAACGGCCUCAUAGCCCAGAAGAUUGUUUCAGUUCACUUAAAGGACCCUGCUCUGAAGGAGCUCAGCAAGGCCUCUGACAAACGAGUGCAGGCUCUACCCCUGAGCCCAGAAGCUUCCCUUGAGGCCCAGCCUGUGGAAGGUGUCAUGGAGCAUGCUGGCCAAGGUGACUGGAAGGCUGCUGGUGAAGGCCCUUCCCCACAGAGGAGCGGCUGCGCCUCUGGAAGUGAGUCUGCUGCAGAUGGGGAUCCAGGGCCGAGCUCCACGGAGCUCUGUCAGCUCCACCUGUCCAGUUGCCACGAGUGUUUGCAACUUGAGAACAGCACCAUCGAGUCGGUGAGGUGUGCGUCUGCAGAGAACAUUCCAGAUCUUCCCUGUGAUCGCAGCGGUAUGGAGGGUGCUGCCGGUGAACUCUGCCCUCAGUGGAAAGCGAAGAGAGUCAAUAUUUCAGGAAAGGCACCCAAUAUCCUGCUGUACGUGGGCUCUGGUUCCGAGGAAGCCCUGGGCCGGCUCCAGCAGGUGCGAUCUGUCCUGACUGACUGUGUAGACAGGGACAGCUACACUCUCUACCAGCUGCUAGAAGACAGCGCUCUGAGGGACCCGUGGCCAGACAACUGCCUCCUGUUAGUUAUUGCCAGCAGGGACCCUAUCCCCAAGGACAUACACCACAAGUUCAUGGCCUAUCUUUCUCAGGGAGGGAAGGUGCUGGGCCUGUCUUCCUCCUUCACGUUCGGUGGCUUUCGGGUGACCAGGAGAGACGCGCUACAGAACACAGCCCAGAGCUUGCUUUUCUCUAAGGCUGACGGGAGUGAGGUACGGCUCAGUGUCCUGAGCAGUGGCUACAUUUAUGAGGAAGGCCCAAGCCCUGGCAGGCUCCAGGGCCACCUGGAGAAUGAAGACAAGGAUAAAAUGAUUGUGCACGUGCCUUUUGGAACCUGCGGAGGGGAAGCCGUUCUCUGCCAGGUGCAUCUGGAGCUCCCUCCAAGUGCGUCCCUGGUGCAAACCUCAGACGACUUUAAUGUGCUCAAAUCCAGCAACAUGAGAAGACACGAGGUCCUUAAGGAGAUCCUGACUGCCCUCGGUCUGAGCUGUGACUCUGCACAGGUUCCUGCCUUGACACCGCUGUACUUACUGCUGGCUGCUGAGGAAAUCCAGGAUCCAUUUAUGCAGUGGCUCGGGAAGCACUCGGAUCCUGAAGGAAUCAUAAAAUCCAGCAAGCUCUCCCUUAAGUUUGUUUCCUCCUACACAUCUGAAGCGGAGAUCACCCCAUCUUCCAUCCCCGUGGUCACCGACCCAGAAGCCUUCUUCUCAGAGCACUUUAACCUAGAGACCUAUCGACAGAACCUGCAGACCACGCGCCUUGGGAAAGUAAUUCUGUUUGCAGAAGUGACGUCCACGACCAUGAGUCUCCUGGAUGGGUUGAUGUUUGAGAUGCCGCAGGAAAUGGGUUUAAUCGCCAUUGCAGUUCGGCAGACCCAGGGCAAAGGAAGGGGCCCGAAUGCCUGGCUGAGCCCUGUGGGAUGCGCCCUUUUCACUCUGCUGGUCUCCAUCCCCCUGAGGUCACAACUGGGACAGAGGAUUCCAUUUGUCCAGCAUUUGAUGUCCCUGGCCGUGGUGGAGGCAGUGCGGUCUAUCCCAGAGUAUGAGGAUAUCAACUUGCGAGUGAAGUGGCCCAAUGAUAUUUAUUACAGCGAUCUCAUGAAGAUCGGUGGGGUUCUGGUUAAUUCGACACUUAUGGGAGAAACAUUUUAUAUCCUCAUUGGCUGUGGAUUCAAUGUGACCAACAGUAAUCCUACCAUAUGUAUCAAUGACCUCGUCGAAGAAUACAACAAGCAGCACGAGGCAGGCCUGAAGCCCCUGCGAGCCGACUGUCUCAUAGCCAGGGCCGUGACCGUGCUGGAGAAACUGAUUGACAGGUUUCAGGACCAAGGGCCCGACGGCAUUCUGCCCCUCUAUUAUAAAUACUGGGUGCACAGUGGUCAGCAAGUCCGCCUGGGCAGCAGCGAGGGGCCACAGGUGUCCAUUGUGGGCCUUGAUGAUUCCGGGUUCCUGCAGGUCCACCAAGAGGACGGUGGGGUUGUGACGGUGCAUCCAGACGGCAACUCCUUCGACAUGCUGAGAAACCUCAUUGUACCCAAGCGACAGUAACACCUCUGAGUGUCCCCAGACAGCUUGGAUCUGCCCCAGCAGCAACAAGCAGCAACAGGGAAGCUGCUCCUGGGAUCUCCUGGGAGCUCUGAUCGGGCGGGCACUCGGCUUGCAGAACUGUUGUCUCUGCAUGCCUAGGGCUGGGAAGCUAACCAGAGUCAGAGGCCAGUGCCAUUUGUUAAUUCUUCAGGUUGUGGUUUCCCUGCCCCCACCCCGGGGAUUGGGUUUUUGUUUUGGGUUUUUUUUUUUAAUGUAUAUCUCUGGUUUUACUGGGUAUUUGAAGGGGCAUUUGGUGAGGAUUGACUGUCAGGCAGAUGAAGAGUCAGUUUAGUCUAGGAGUUUAGUUUGCCUUGUGCGGUAUGGAAGUGUGCUUCCCCAUGUGAGCUUGGGUUUGUGUGUACUUUGGGGAAUAAGGAGCGAGGGGUUGGGAAUGGUGGUGAGAUGGUACGAAUAUGUUCCAAGGAGUGGAGGCCCACAGCUCACGUGAACACUCAGAGCUGUCCCAGAACACACAAGUGUUUACUUACACACAGGGUUGUCGCUGUUGUUCUUAGUCAAGUUGGGCUUCUUGUAGUAGCCUAGAACACGGGGCUGAAGGAUGACUGCAGAGAUGAGAGAGCCAGCGAGGCCCCUUUCCCAGGGUCAGAUGUGUCAAGUUUUAGAUGUUGAAGCCAUGACGGCAUCUUCCUUGGAGGUAGAGGCUUGCCUAGGCUGAUGGAGAUGUGGGCUCACCCUCUCGCUCACACAAGGGAGGAUUCUUGGAGCUUUUAAGAUGAUUAGUCACAGGCUCUGUUAGAAGUGGUGCUCCCCGUAAGCCUGAGUCCUCCAACAGAGCCGAGUGUAGCACUGUACUGUAAGUCAUGAUUUUCUGCCCCCUAUUUCCUAAUGUCAUGAAAGAGAGAGGGUGACACAAAAUGCCAUCAGUUUGAAGAGAUGUAUGUGUGUACAGUGCAUGCCUGAUUGCGUGUGUGUGUGUGUGUGUGUGUGUGUGUGUGUGUGUGUGGCUUUAAAAGGAGAUGUUCAAAUUUUGAUGUGCUAAAAGUCUCCUUGGAAGAACAAAGGAAAGGAAGCCUUUCUAGGUUUGUGUUUCCAGAUGUGCUCCGUGCUUUUCCAUGUACCUCCCAUCUCCGUGGAGCUUGUGAAUCAUACCCAUCGCUGCCCAGCCUAAAAGAACCAGUUCCUGUCUGCCCUCCUGCUUCCUGCCACUUCCACUGAAGUGGGUGGAAAGGAAACGACGGAACAGAACACUUAGCUUUGAACAAGAUCCUCGUCAUAAACGAGUACCAUCUUUAUCCAGCUUGUGUAGUCAGGCCAACUCCAGAAACCAGAGGUUUUCAGUAUAGAAACCCAUCCACCUUCAGCCUAGCACAGAAGCAAAAAUAACGGUAAACUACACCAACCUGACACGUAUUUGAGGGAAUGUGACUUUAAAAGAACUUGAAAGUAACUUUUCUUGCAAAUAAGACUUAGAUUAAAAUUUUUCUCAAAAGAAAAAAAUACAUAUAUAAAUUUUAGUUCCCAUAUUUUUUUUUAAAUUCAUGCAAGUUUAAAUAAAACUGUACACCACCCAAAAUUACAAAAUGAUGGGCCCUUGAGAGAGCAUCUGUAAAAUAUCAUCAAGAACGAAGAUCUCUGGGCUUGAUGUUACAAAGCUUCACUUCUCAGACUUUGUAAUAUAAGGCUGUUCAUCUCUCAGGACUGCCAGCAUUACAUUUUAAAUUUCUACAGGGGAUUAUUUAAUGAAAAACAUGCUAUGUUUUAUUUUAAGCUGAAGGGCUAUUCUGGAUAGUUCUACAUUGGGGGAAAAAAUGUUAUCAUUUAAUUUCCUUUCUGUAAGAUAAAACUAAUUAAGUGUGGUCUUGUCAGAGCAGACAGAGAUGUUCUGGGCAUGCUUAUUGGCCUUGGAGUAGUUUUAGGGUGGAAAACUGUUUAGGGUGUUCUCGAUUAUACAGACAUGACACUCCUUGUCUUGAGAGACAAAAUAGCCUGAAGCAGAUGCUGCAUUUCCCAUUGCUUCACAUGAACCAAAGACUUCAGAUUCCACGUCGUAGAGCGCAUUCUGCUGAUGGGGUGUGAAGGCUGCCACUGUACCUGCUACAUGCGAGGGUAUUUUCAGACUCAGCACCCCAGGAUCUCCAGGAACUUUACAAGUCUCCUAACUUUGCUCCCUCCGAAUCUUGAGAUGUGGUCACUUAACCCCGAAUCUCCAUUUGCCUUAGAGCAGGUUACUCCUAGUAGUAUAAACCUGCUUACAUAUCUACCCCUGGGUGUUUGGAAGGCACACAUAGCAAACACUGGGUUUCACGUGGCUCAGCUAGAGCAAUGAGGGAGUUCUUACAGGGAGGGCUGGGAGCAGGGGCCUGUGUCCUGUGGAUGUCACUGUGCAGAAUGAUGGGACCCAGCAUGGAAGCAAUGUCAUGUCAGAGGCUUGAACAAAUACACACCCACUGAGGGACUACAGACUCUGGGGAUCCCCUACACCUAGCACACAGUGUGGUAGUCACUGGCCUAUCCCACCUGACACUUCCAGAAUGCAAGAGGGGGAUCUUAGGGGCUUUGCUACCCUGACAUACCAGAAAUGGGACCUCCUUGUUCCUGGUUCAUCUCUAUGCAUCUUUGAAAUAAACAAAAAUGUAACCCUUUCCUACUACUUUUUUAUUUUUUAGCUUUUCAAAGAAUCAUCUGUGAAAAGAAUUACUAUAAACCAAUACCUAUAAAGUAAUUCUACCAAAAUAAACUUAGGAUUUUCACUGUG